UGUAUAAUGUUAAUGUAUAUAAAUACAAUGAUUUGAAAAACGUAUUUCUUUCUCAAAUUACGAAGUGUUAACUAACACUUUAACCUGAAUGGGAUGGAUGUGGAUGUGGGUGAAGGUGUGGAGGGUAGUGGUCAUGCUCAUGUAAUCAUAGGGGAACAGUAUGUUUGUGGUAUAUUCAACGAUGCCUUCACUAUAAUUAACAGCCUUUACGUCGGGAGUAAUAUUAACAUAUGUACGGCCAGGGAUGACCGCACAGAUCACUUGUAUACUUUCAAAAGGGUCAGCAUUACAGGUAAUGAGCCAGAUGAGCGCACACUACUGGGUACUGCACGGGAUGUCAAAUACCUGCGCCGACUGGACAGCCCUUAUAUCAUAUCAUACAUUCAUUCAUGGUAUGAAUGCCCAAACAUCGAGAUUAUUCAACUACAAUAUAGUCUUUAUACCCUGAAAACAUUGGCCCAGUUUAAAUCA